AUGCCGCGAUGGAGACGCAGAGAUAAAUCCAGUUCUGGUCAAGAUACAAUCACCACGCGCAAUAAUUUUGCUGCCUUGGCCGACAGCUUCCAGAGUUCUCCGGUUCCGAAAGCUGCCUCAACGGCCAUUGCUUCUCUUCGCGCAGUGUCUGGUGGCUCUCCUGACCCAACGAAGGCUACGGCACCUUCCUCGAGCCAGACGCUUCCCGACCCCGCGGAGGCCCAAAGGCUCGCGAAACAGCAUGCCGAGUUCGGCCCUUUGGGCGAUCCUUCACAUCUCUACACCAGUGAACACCCUGGCGGAGAGAUCGCCGACCCAGUUCUCGAUGAGCCGCCAUAUUUCAUCGCUCUAACUACUUAUAUCAGCUUCCUGGUUCUAAUCUUUCUCGGCCACUUUCAUGAUGCCGUCGCGAAGUGGUUUCGAUCCCACACCUAUCGACAUCUGAGGCCGCGCAACGGCUAUGCCUCGCUGUAUAGCGAUUUUGAGAGCUUCUAUACUCGUCGAUUGAAGCAAAGAAUCAACGACUGCUUUGAACGGCCUACGACGGGUGUUCCCGGAAGAUACAUCACCUUACUCGAUCGGGAGUCAUACGACGACAACCUCAACUUCCAAUUGACUGGGACAACCACAGACACGCUGAACCUGAGCUCGUAUAAUUAUCUUGGCUUUGCCCAGUCCGAAGGACCCUGUUCCGAUAACGCCGAAGAAGUCAUUCGACAGGAUGGCAUCAGCAUGUCAGGAAGCUGCGGCGACGCAUCAACGUCGAAGCUCCAUGUCGAGGUGGAAAACCAAGUAGCGCGAUUCGUGGGGAAGGAGGAUGCCGUCAUCUUCUCCAUGGGCUUUGUGACAAAUGCGACCAUAUUCCCCGCUAUUGUGGAGAAGGGAUGUUUGAUCCUGUCCGAUGAGCUCAACCAUGCAUCCAUCCGAUUCGGUGCGCGUCUCUCGGGCGCUGCUAUCCAGGUGUUUGCGCACAACAACAUGGCCGAUCUUGAAAAACGACUGAGAGAAGCGAUUUCUCAGGGACAGCCCCGUACCCACCGACCGUGGAAGAAGAUUCUCGUCACCGUAGAAGGCUUAUUUUCCAUGGAAGGCACUAUGUGUAACCUUCCUCGGAUCCUUGAGCUGAAGAAGAGAUACAAGUUCCAUCUCUUUAUUGACGAGGCCCAUUCGAUUGGUGCUGUCGGCCCUCGUGGUCGUGGCGUGUGUGAUUACUUCAAGAUUGACCCUGCCGAGGUUGAUAUUCUGAUGGGUACCUUCACCAAAUCCUUUGGGGCUAAUGGCGGCUACGUUGCUGCGGACAAAUCGAUCAUUGACAAGAUUCGCUGCACCAACGCCGGCCAGAUAUUUGGCGAAGCUCCGGCGCCAUCGGUCCUCGCUCAGAUCCAUUCCUCGUUCCGACUGAUCGCCGACGAGGAUCCCCUGCACCCGGGCCAGGGCCGCGAGCGAGUGCAGCGGCUGGCCUUCAACUCACGAUAUCUCCGGCUCGGACUCAAAAGACUUGGCUUUAUCGUCUACGGCCACGACGACUCUCCUAUCGUGCCGCUGAUGCUGUACAAUCCCGCCAAAAUGUCGGCAUUUUCGCAUGAAAUGCUCAAACGCAAGAUCUCGGUAGUGGUAGUAACCUACCCUGCCACCCCUUUAGAACUCUCCCGUGUCCGCUUCUGUCUAUCUGCCGCACACACCAAGGACGAUCUGGACCGCCUGCUGAUGGUGUGCGACGAGGUCGGCAACGCCUUGGGCCUGAAGUACUCGACGGGAAUUGCAGGCGGGUUGAAAGAACCUCUCCCCGCGGACUCGGAGAAAGGGGGUCGGAAAGCGAUUACGCCUCCUCGCUGGACCCUGCAGGAAGUCAUUGAACGGGGCACGCAAGACGCCAAGCUGCCCUUGUAUUGA